AACUCAUUUUUUUUUUCUUUGAACUGAAAUCAUUUUAUUUAUUUAUUAUUUUGCAAUUUUUCUUUACAGAAUGGAAACGCCGACGGAGCUCAUUCUCUUCUUUGUUUUCGACACGUGUCGAUCGCGAACAUUAAACGCGUCAACUCUAAUUAUUAAAACCUAUAAUCUCUCUCUCUUUCUCUCUCUCUGCAUAUCUGUUGUAAUUGCCGAAGUUGUUUGAACAGUGGAGAAGCUUUUUCAAAGCAGAAUUCCACAGCAAAAGAAGAGAUUAAAAUCGAAAUCCGAUACGGGGAGACAAAGAUCUGAAAUUCCUCUCACUCCUUCUCUGAUACCUCAUGGGUAUUCUUUCUUUUGAGUUUUAAUCCCUAAUCCACGUGAAUCAUUGUCCCCAAAACGUUAUAAAUUUCUGCGAAUUCUGCUUUUCCUGUACUCGCCACUGGUGGGGUUUUUCGUGUAUUCCUAUUGAAUUUUGGCGUGGCACUACCGGAUCUGUGUGGGAAGAGAGAAAAUUUUGUGGGAUUUUGAGAAUAUUUUGGUUUUCGAGUUUGUCAAAUGAGGAUAUGACGAGGGUUCUUUUGGUUGGUUGGAUUUAGGGUGUUUUUGGUUGUUUAGAGUUGUUUGAGAUGCCGUUCGAUAAAAUUCGUGGGAAUGGAAAUGGAAAUCACCAGUUUGCGUUAGAUCGAGUGCGUGAAAGCAGGGAGAACGAUCAGGCGACAAUGUGUACUAAUGUGCUUUUGUUCCCUGCAUCUUCUUCUUCUUCUUCUUCUUCUACGUCAACGCCUUCGUCCUCCAUCGGUGGCCUUAAUUAUAUCGAACAUCAUGUAUCGAAGUUUGAUACACUUGCAGGCGUGGCGAUUAGGUAUGGCGUCGAGGUGGCAGACAUUAAAAGGAUGAAUAACUUGGUAACAGAUCUUCAAAUGUUCGCUCUCAAGUCCUUGCAAAUACCAUUACCAGGAAGGCAUCCACCAUCUUCCAGCCUAGCAAAUGGUUCAGCUACCCCAGGCCAGAAAAUUAGUGGACAAAGUCCAUCUCGCCGGCAUUCUGAUGUGUUGGAAUCUAUCCAGUCACUAAGGUUGAAAUCUGCUCAACACAAGGUUUCUCCAGCCAUGAGCACUUUACAGGGCUACUAUGGGCUUAAACAUUCAAGCAAAAAUGGUGUAGCAGAAACAGAGAUGGCAAUUUACAAAACAGACAGUGCUUAUUACUUGGAAGAUGAACUGCCCAAAUCCUCAUCACUUUCUAACUUGUCUUCGGGCCUCCAUCGGAAGUCCAGGAGUUUAGUUAAUGGUUUCUUGCCGGAGAAUGGUGAACUGUUGGAUGUGCUUGUUGUGGAAGCUGGGGAUCUUGAGGCUGAGAGGUCAAAUGAUAAGUCUGUCCGCAGGCGGCAGAAAGCUGAAAAUGACUCUGCUUCUCGCACACCAGAAAUGUUGUUGAAGGAGGAUAAUAGUGGUGGCAGUGGGUUCUCAACAACAGCUGGAAGGGGUCUAGCACUGAGGCCAAAAUCUGGUAGCCGAGCAAAUCUUGCAGCUGAUGCUGAUUCAGGUUCGUUGUACCCGGUUCCUGUCGGUCUGGGGGACUUUGUUAUCGCUGAUGGGUCUUCUGGAGUACGGAAAUCAUCAAGUACUUCCAGCUUGCAGGACCAGGACAACAAUAACUCCUCAUCCAUCUGGCCGACUUCGAAGUGGAGUUUGAAGACAGACUUACAGGCUCUUUCAGCGGUCACUAUUGCCAGACCAAUAUUUGAUGGCUUGCCAAAGCCAAUAACUGGGAGAAGAAACAAAGCUGCUCUUGAUUAGUGUUGGAUCCAUUGCACAGCCAUAAAAUCUGAUUUAUUUCUCCUUUCUGAACGAUACAACCAAAACCCUGAGCUUGGCCUUCCAUCAAGAAAGAAAGAAACAGAAUAUUGCUCCAGAAGGGUAUAUGAAAGGAAACGAAACUGAUGAAAUUCAAAUAAGACAUCUUGCUUCUGACAUUGGAUGAUGAACCCUUUUAUGAUUGGCUGAAAACCAUCAUAUAUUUUGUAAUUAAUUGGGCAGUUCAAGUCAGAAAAAGGCUUGAGAGAUGCUUCAAACAGAGAAGAGGCGUGUAACAGUGAAUCCCAUGAGCUUACUCUUACUGCCUACAACAUUGUAGUUUGGUGUAAGUUCAUAUCUAAAUGGGUUUCCCUUAGGCUUUUUGGUGUAGAAUAUAUUGAUGAAGUGGAAGUCAAUAAGUGUUUGUUUUCUCUCCUAUAAAAAUGUGAUCAGUUAUACUCCUACAGAUUUGGAGCUUUUUCGUA